ACAGCCCACUUUGUCGGGGUUUGCGUCUCCCUGCAAGACGACUGAAAAAAAAAAGAAGCAGCUCGCACCUUAAUUUUGUUCUUGCUUUAAUUUGCGCGAAGAGCCACUCACAGCAAAAACAACUACAACAAUCAGAAGCGCGUCCCCUGCAAACAAAAGCACAAGAAGCGCAAAAAACCAUCCUCCGGCUCAUUUUCACGCCUCAUCACUAACAGCCGAACGCGCCCUGCACCAUGUCUGGAGAAGACGCACCUGCCCAGCAGCAGAACGCCGUGGACCAGAAGCAGGAGACCAAACCCGCCGAGGAGCCCAAAGCCGAGCCGCCCAAGACGGAGCCCGCGCCGGCGGCGGAGGCGGCCGUGCCCGAGGAGGAAGCGUUCACGUACCGCGCUCUGGUCCUCACCGGCUACGGGGGCUAUGAUAAAGUCAAGCUGCAGGUGAAGAAGGGGAAGCCUGCGCUCAAAGCCGGUGAGAUCCUGGUGCGGGUCAAAGCGUGCGGGCUCAACUUCGCCGACCUGAUGGCCCGGCAGGGGCUCUACGACCGGCUGCCGUCCCCGCCGGUCACCCCGGGGAUGGAGUGCUCCGGAGUGGUGGAGGCAGUGGGGGAAGAGGUGUCAGAGAGAAAAGUGGGCGAUAAGGUGAUGGUGCUGAACCGCUUUGGAUUGUGGCAAGAGGUGGCGGUGGUGCCGGCUAACCACACCUUCCUCAUCCCUGAGGGGAUGAGCUUCGAGGAAGCGGCAGCCUUCCCCGUCAACUACGUCACUGCAUACAUGAUGCUGUUUGACUUCGGCAACCUUCGACCCCAACAGAGUGUCCUCAUCCACGCUGCUGCAGGUGGCGUGGGCAUUGCAGCCACCCAACUGUGCAAGACGGUGAAGGAUGUGACUGUGUUUGGCACUGCGUCUUCCAGUAAGCACGAGACCAUCAGCCAGGGUGGAGUCACACAUCCCAUCGACUAUCGCACCAAGGACUAUGUGGAAGAAGUCCGCAAGAUCAGUCCGAAAGGGUUGGACAUAGUGCUGGACCCUCUCGGAGGAUCGGACACACAUAAGGCCUACAACUUGCUGAAGCCUAUGGGGAAGCUUAUCACCUAUGGUACAGCUAAUAUGCUAGCAGGACAAAAGAAGAACCUGAUAGCCGUGGCUAAGAAUUGGUAUCACCAGUUCUCCAUCCACACACUCAGUCUGAUCCAGGGAAACAAAUCUGUGUGUGGCUUCCACCUGGGCUACUUGGAUGGGGAAACAGAGCUCAUCAGUCAGGCCAUGAGCACCAUCCUGGAUCUUUACAAACAGGGCAAGGUCAAGCCCCAUAUCGACUCCACCUGGCACUUUGAGCAGGUGGGUGACGCCAUGAGAAAGAUGCAGGAGAGGAACAACAUCGGCAAAGUGAUCCUCACCACAGAGCCGAUGCCAGAGGAGGAGAAGGAGGAGCAGAAGAAGGAGGACAAGAAGGAUGACAAGAAGAAGGAUGACAAGAAGAAGGAUGAUAAGAAGAAGGACGAUGCCAAGAAGGAGGAGAAGAAGGAUGACAAGAAGAAGGAGGAGAAGAAGGAAGAGGAGAAAAAGGAGGAGAAGAAGGAAGAAGCCAAGAAGGAGGAGAAGUGAGGAGCAGAGCUAGAUGAGUUGAGCAGACCAGCAGGGAGUUUGUGUCCGGGGAGCCGGGGGUCGUGGGGGGGGGGGCGGAUGGAGAUGAUUCCUUUGGCGGCGGGAGGAGGGCGAGCAAGGAUCGCAGGGUGUUCAUAGGCUAGAUUACAAAUUAUCAUACCAUGUUUGAUCUUUCAUCUCGUCCUCCUCUCCACCGCCUCACCCCUUUUUCAAUCCAUUACAACAGUCAUUCCUCAGGCCUGGGUCCACCCAUUUCCAACUCCGCCCCCCGAUCCUUUUUGUUUUUGUUUUUUUGAAACAUCCAAAAUAAUUUCCCGCCAUGUGUAAAACUCUAAAAACAGCGCUCACUCUUGACGUAUAGAAAAAGAUUUCUCAGAUCAACAGCCAUUGAGAAAAAGAGAACCAGGCACAGGCGGGCGGGUGGGGGGGGGUGAGACCAGGCCUGGGGCAAAUUGCUGUUUCCUUGACAACCGUAAUCCCUGUGAGCACUCCGACCUUGCCCUCGACCCCCGUGGGUCUCUGCACCUCAGCUCCCACUGUGCUAAAUUGUUCUGUUCUGACUUCCACCUGCCACCCCACCCCACCACCAUGCUGAGUCCCCCCCCCCCCCCCCCCCCCCGACCCCAUGGAUGGGCUGGACACACAAACGGACACAAAGGCAGGCAGAUAAAUGAAGAGCCACACCCACCUACAUGUUGCUCUCUGGUGUCUUAGUUAUGUCACUGAGGAUGAGUCAGAGGUGUCUGUGAUUGGCCGAUACAUUGCACCUCCCCUUGAGAUAAUAGAUUUCUGACUCCUCACACAGUAAUUUUAAUGUUUGGGCUCCGCCGUCCUCCACAUUCAGUUAUGGUUAAACAGGGGCCUCAUCUCAUUAAAGUUGAUCUGCGGCAGCGGUUUUCGCGCUCUCCUGAAUAUGAAUUCCCCCUAUAAUGAGUCUUUCUGUGCAGAAAUCAUUGCGCGGCUCGGCUUCCUUCCCCAUAGUUACAGAAUUUUCUGCCUGACUAAACGGCCUGGCAAAAAAAAAAAAAAAAAAAACGUGAACCGUGCCAAUCAGGAGAGAAUAUCUGCGCACAUGCUAACAUAGGAAGUACUGUCACAGCGAGACACUGAAAACGCCUGAAAUGAACAAGUGAAAAAAGUGAACACCAGCCCCUUUUUCCUGGAGAUCAGCCUCUCAUCCUCCUCCAGGCAUUCCUUGGCAUUCUGCUCCUUUCUCAGCGACAGCUCGCCAGCCGAUCGCACCGAUCUGAGAGAGGAGAAUUCAAUUCAAGCUGGCGUCCAUACUUAGCCUACCCUCCUUCUCUCUCUGCUCUCUUUUCUCUUUCUCCCUCCUCUUUUCCUCUCUAUGGUCGGCAUAGCAACAGGCGUCAGGCCAUCAGAGAUGGCACUGUGGUCUCCCCGUCUCUGCUUUCUGCCUCUCGAACUCUUGGCUAAUGAUUCAACAAAACUGAAUUGGAAGUAAGGAUGAAAUAAAGAAGUAUGAGGAUUUUCAAGAGUGUGAAAUGGAGCGUAGCACUUAUAACCAUCUGUUGAUUAGCGUUUAUAUGACAGCUGAAUAGAUCCUUGUCUUUUGAUCUAGUGGUUUGUAUAUCACAUGAUAUGGAUUAUUCGUACCAUUUGCCAUUGUGUUCCAUGUACAGCGCAAUUUUGGUUCUAUACAUUUUGUGCUAUUGCACGCCGCCACAUGCUCACAAUAGCGGUGACGGCGCUUAGCUUAAAAACAAACAGCAGGCCAACACAGUGCCCAAAAUCGCUAAGUAACGGACACGAAGGCUGGAUGCGCCGAGGGGCUACAAAGCGACUCGGGGGUGGUCCUGAGAAAGCAGUUUGCCGGAGGCCAGGUUGGCCCCACCACAGCUCGAGGCUUGCGGGGGGCCACUGGGGGACAGCAGGGUCCAUCAGAUGACACCUGGGUGAGAUGGAGCAUCUCGUUCUCGAUACUGAGCUUUGAUGGACACCGUAAGACCAGGAAGGGCGUAAGUCCCUUUUCACUUGUUUAUAAAUUAAUAGAAUAUAUCAUCAAUGAAUAUAUGAUUAUAUGAUAUAUAUGAAUAAAUAUAUAUCAAAUGACAAGGAUCUAUUUUAGGCAUUAUAUAAAACAAAUAAUGAAUGUUUUUUCAAUCGUUCAACAUUUCAUUCGUUACCAUUGCACUCAUAAACAUUCAUUAUUUGUGUAAUAGUUACCAACUAUACCCUUUGUAUCAACAUGGUAGCCUGCCCCUAAUGGAGGACGCCAUGUUGCACCACCAUGUUGAUGCAGAAGACCAAAAGGGACGUACUUCUUCCACCUUUUGCAUGUUGCACAGAUAUCAGAAGACUGAAGAAAAAACAAGAGGAAUUGGUGGUUACUCCCCUACACACUGUCUCCAGGUUGCUCGUGCAAGCUAACAAGUUCGAGAACCUUCAUUUUUUUAAAAUAAAUAAUCAGACGUAUUUCUUGUUACAAGAGAAGGUGAGGGAGCAUGAAUCCCCAAGAAGAAGCGUGAUGAUAAUAAUAAUGCAUUGUAUAAUGCAAUAUGCAGCCUCACCAAUAGAUGGCACUAAAUUCUACAUGCUGUAGCUUUAAAGUUGCCACUCUGAAAAACACUUUUUGAUUUUUUUCAUUUUAAUUACAAGGUGAAAACGGUUUUUGUUUCCUUGUUUAUAGAUGUUCCUGUGUCGGAGAUCUUUUAAGUAUAAAAAGUAGAGUAACAUCGCAUCUUCUUACAAAUCUCACUGGAUGGAGAAAUAGAGGUAUACUUGCUUGUUUCCGGUGUGGGAGGCUCCCAGUUCGAACCCCCUAGCCAUUUUCCAUCUAGAGUUGUGUCAGGAAGGGCAUGAGGUGUAAAUCUUGUGCCAAAUCAACAUAAAGAUCCACCUCAGAUGUGCUGUGGCGACCUCGAGUCAAAACAAGGGAGCAGCCGAAGGGAUUUAUGAUAAACAAAACAUUGUCUCCACUAAAAAAAAAAAAAAAUGCCUGUUACUUUAAAUGAAAAAGAGCUGCUGCUUGCCACGCCCCAUCGCUCAUCGCCCCAUCACUUUCUGACAGACCAUGAGGUCAAACUGGCACAGUGGGCAUGUCUUAUUGGCCAAUCAGGAGUCCAAAUAUGAAUUUCAGUGACGCAUGUUGUGCAAGUGUCAUUUCAGACAUAAAUUAAAAUUUUUAGCAAGUUUUUAUAUGCAACAACAGAAUUGCAAGACUCAAAGGAGUUGACAUGAAGCCUCAGUUGUAUUUAACCAUUUAAACCUUUUAUCUGCCCGCCUGUCUGUCUGUCUGUCUGUGAGUACGGCCUUCGUGUUUGAGACUCAAAUGGUGACUAGUGACUUUGUAAAAAAAAAA